AUGUCGUCUACCACCAGUACGGAGACAUCCAUGCACCAGCCCUCACAAACCAAGCUAGCCACCAAGGAAGGAGAUCCUGCUCGUGCCCCUUUGGCUGCGUCUUCGUCGUGGACGGAAGAUGUGCACUUUUUGGGCGACAAGGACGGCAAGGUCAAGCUGCGUUGCCCACCAAUAUUUGACAACGUCAACGACACCCGCACAUACCUGAAGCAGCACCUGGCAGCCGCUUUCCGAGUCUUUGCUAAGCAGGGAUUUGAUGAGGGUGUUGCAGGCCACAUCUCUCUACGCGAUCCUGGCAACCCCGAACAUUUCUGGAUCAACCCACUCUCUACACAUUUCUCGCAGAUCCGCGUCAGCGACCUGGUUCUCGUCAGUGAAAACGGUGAGGUCCUUCCAGAGGGAGCGCAGAGCGCCAUCAACGGCCCGGCCUUCGCCAUCCACAGUGCCAUCCACCGCGCGCGGCCGGACCUCAAUGCAGCAUGCCAUGCACAUAGUGUAUACGGCAAGGCCUUCAGCUGCUUCGGCCGCCCGAUUGAGAUGCUGUAUCAGGAUGCGCUGCGCUUUUACAACGACCUGGCCGUGUACCCUCGCUACGGAGGCACUGUCCUCACCGCUGAGGAGGGUGACCAUAUCGCCAAAGCGCUGGGUCCGACUUGCCGCAGUGUUAUCCUACAGAAUCACGGCAUGAUUACGUGUGGCCGGACGGUCGACGAGGCGGCCUUCUUGUUCAUUGCGCUGGACCGAUGUUGCCACGCGCAGAUGCUUGCUAACGCUGCCGUAUGCCCUGGGUUUGAGAAAAAUUACAUCGCCAAAGAGCAGGCAGAGUUCACGCACAAAAAGAGUGGCAACUCGAAUAAGAUGUGGCUAGCCUUCCAGCCAUACUAUGACCAGGUGGUCAAGGAGGACCCCGGGGUACUGGAGUAG